AUGAAUCUGAGCAAUGAAUCCUACCAAAUCUAUUCUCAGAUAGUGACGUUGAUCACAGAAUCUGCUCUGAAAGUGGAUGUAUAUGAGAAACUUCUUGCAACUGUUGAAUCUGACGUUAAACACGCCUAUCAAAACGCGGGUUUCAACAACGCAGACCGCGCAGCCCCUGAACGAGACCUACUUAUCAAUGGCAGUAUACCACCGGUUUUACAGCCUGCAGUGACUGCAAUCCUUACUAAGACGGUUCCCAUGAUACGGAAUGAAGCUAACCCCAUGUAUUUGUUUCUACAAGACUACAGCUGGCUGGGUGUUGGCGAUGACAAGAGAGCAGACCUAUUCAGACACAAGUACGAGAUCGAUAUUCUUCGAAAAGUGUUAAUACCUCUAGAUGAAUCUAGGGGUGCUGUACGGCCAAGCCGAAGGUGUGUUCGAUGCUGUGCGAUAUCAGAGGAAAUUCCACCGAAGUCUAUGGCAGCCGUGAAGAUGCUGAUGAGAACUGCUGUUCUCCGAGCCUGUACUUGUGGUGGAAUGUGGUCUAUGAGCAAUGCUAGCAACCUAAGAGGCUCUACUACUUUGCCGGGAUGGAGACAGCCAGGAUAA